GGUUCCACCCACCAAAAAUGCAAGCAACCCUGCAGCAUCGUGGGGUUGAUCUUCUUGCCAUGGCGCGGGUCGCGGGGUUGCAAACAUGCGAGGAGAUGUUGAGGUCAUGGAUCAAUGAUACAGAAGAGGCAGGGGAUUUGCUAGUGAAGUAUCUCGAGGGGAAGGUCAAACUUCAGGUUGAAUCAGAGCCAACGAGAGAAGGAGGGGGCGAAGUCUCGAACAAGUUGAUUCAGCAUGCAGGCAGUCUGGAUGCAACAGGAUCUCCAAGGAUCACUAGGUUGCAUGUGGGAGGGGUAGAGCAACGCAAAGGAUGGAGCAUCCUCAACACAGUGCCUGGACCAAACGUGGACAUUGUCGGCUCCUGUACAGACUUGUCUUUCAUCCCCAGUGCGACAGUGCAAGAAGUCUACUCCAGCCACUGUUUCGAGCACCUGGGGUACAAUUCAUGUGGACAACUUCUCUCCGCUCUCAGGGAGGUUCACAGAAUCCUCGUUCCUGGCGGCUGCUUUAAGUGUAGUGUACCCGACCUCUCCGUCCUUUGCUCGCUCUUCGCCAACCCUCCUGCCAUCUCCUACUACGAUCAAAGCAUUGUUCCGAGCGGCGUCAACCCCGUCAGAUGGCAAGUGAUGCGCAUGAUCUACGGGGGGCAGAUGGAUGCCUGGGACUUUCACAAGGUAGGUUUCGACCGGGGGAUCCUCGAGAGCUUUCUCAGGUCUGCGGGUUUUUUAGACGUUGAGCAGGUGGAGAACUUCGAAUUGUUCAACGACACCAGCAAGAUGCGUUUCCUUGGGAUCCCCAUCAGCUUGAAUGUAAUUGCCUGGAAACAGAAAAGUCUAUAG